UCAUCCUCUAUGCGGACUUGCUGGGUAAAGCCACAAGGAACCUGAAAAUGGGCUCCCACACAGAACUGACUACAAAGCAACAGCAUUCAAAACUUAUGAUGCUGGCAUAAGGAUUUCAUUAUAGAAUAAGUAAUCUAACAGAAUCCAGAAGCAUGCUCAUGCCUCCAGGGACAACAGUACAUCACAUCCACACCUUCAGAGCCAGUUUAGGCUUGACAAGUAUGCCCAGGCCAUUCACUAACAGAAGAUACAGUGGGGGUCAACUCAAGAGCUACACACAGUAGAGGGCAGCCUCAUCCUACAGCCUCAAAAUGAAACUCAAAGUGGAUUCAAGAUGGAGAUGUAGGCGCUAAGUAAAACUUUUAGGAGAAAUAGUUUAGGAUCUCAUUUUGGCAAAGGAUUCUUAUGACAUCAAAAACAUAAGUAAUGACUGCACCAUACCGAGCCCGCUGAAAAGUCACCAUGAGCAAGGCCCACCCUCCCAAGCUGAAGAAAUUUAUGGACAAGAAGUUAUCAUUGAAGUUAAAUGGUGGCCAACAGGUACAAGGAAUACUAUGGGGCUUUGAACCUUUUAUGAAUCUUGUGAUUGAUGAGUGUGUGGAGAUGGCAACUAGUGGGCAACAGAAUAGCAUCAGCAAGGUGGUCAUACAAGGAAACAGUAUCAUCAUGUUAAGAAGCCUUGGAAAGAGUCUAAACAAUGGCUGGUCAGCAGAGGAGUCCACAUCCUUCCCCUAAGGACUGUUUGAUUGGGGUGCAGAAUUGGGUCAUGUAUAUUUUCAUAUGAAACUUUUUUUGCGAUACUCAGAAUAAAAAAACAUAAGUAAUGAAAUAAGAACAUGUAAAUUA